UCUGCAAAUCCCAAUCCAGACUGGAGCUGGGCUUUCCCCUGAUCACCCCAAGGGAAUCCGCCCACAGGAUCAACAACAGGUGGUGGAGGGUGGGAAAACAUAUAAAGCUCCCUGGGAGCAGCUCCUUGGAACUGUCCUGGCUGCCUGGAUCUGCUCUCAGCAUGAAGAAACUCCUGGUUGGAUUCCUGCUGGGCCUGGCAUUCGUGGAGUUGGCCCAGUCCCUGAGAUGCUACACGUGCAGGGAGCCCACAGACAUUUCCAARUGCAAGACAGCCGUUCUGUGUCCCCCAAAAGCCACCGUGUGCACCACGACGCUGCACUCCGUGGACACAGGUUAUCCCUUUUUUGGCAACAUCACYGUGACCAGGGCCUGUGAGGAGGAAUGCAACGCCUUCGACGGGAUUGGGGCAUCCAAGCCCAAAUCCUGCUGCUACACCGAYCUGUGCACGGAUGACAGGAGCAGCAGUGGGGUGAGGAGCAGCUCUGCAGCKCUGGGUCUGGUGGCCAUGGUGGCCAGUGCUGUCCUCCACUGCUCCCUGUGAGGUCAGAGGUGUUCCAGCUCCAGGCAAGACCCCACCCUUCUCCCUGCCAAGCCGCCUCAUGGACUCUUAGAUGCUUUUGGAAUGUCCUUCUUCUCUGACGUGCGGCUUCGCUCCAUCUUCAAUGCUGGAUUUAAGCCAAGAGUUUGGGCAUCUGGACUUAAACCYCUCAAAAUCUCCAGUUUUCAGCUGUUCAAGCAGAUGUUUCUCAGCUUCAGCUGCUUCUGGUCUUCAGCACCCACAGAAAAUGGGUUGGGCUUCAAAGGACCUGAAAGGUCAUCCUGCUCCAACCCAUGCCAUGGGCAGGGACACCUUCUCCCAUCCCAGAUUGACCCAAGCUCCAUCCAACCUGGCCUGGAAGAAUUCCAGGRAUGGGGAAGCCACAGCUUCAGCUUCUCUGGGCAGCCURUGCCAUGUCCUGAGUGAGAGGAGCAGAUGGAUCUGAUCCCAGUGACUUUCUGCCCAUCAGGGUGGGGAUGGCAGCUGCAGAGAGCUGGCACUGGAUUCCRAGGAUAAGCUAAGGAAUGACUUCAGAAGGGCUCAACUUCAGUGUAUUGGGAUGGGAUGGAUUUCUGGGAAGCUCAGAACUGUCCCUGGACUGACAGGCCAGGGUAGGUCAGACCUGCAAACCCAAAUUUCCAAUUUUGGCCAGACAAACCCUUCCUUCAGCCUCUGAGCUCAGGUUGCAGUCAGAGGUCCCAAAUUUCCAUUUCCAGAUGUUUUAACAAAUAUUCCAAACAAAUCCUUCUGCUGCUCUGCCCUUCCUCCAUCCCUUCAGAACAGAAACUGCAGGAUAGGAAAAGUUAUGGUUAUUCCAGACAUUCAGCUCUGGGAUCCCAGCUGGGAUUUGCUUGGAGCAGCUGCAGGAUUGAUUCUGAUGCCCUGUCUGCUGUAAAAGAAGCUGGAGUGGAAGCAGAUGUGAAUGAGCCAAGUGUGCCCAGCUCACAGAGAUCCAGGGAAUUUGACAUUCCCUCUGUUCCUAUCACCAGGGAUCACCCAGGGGAGUGGGAAGCAAAGGGCAGAGCGGAGCAUAGACACACCCUUGUGUGUUCAUGACAUCCCUGCAACCUCCUCUGUGACAAAGUCUAUUUUUCCUCCUUUUUUUUUUUUUCCUUUUUUUACUGUUUCCAUAAGAAACCAAAGCAGAGGUGCUCUUUUUUCUCCUUGCACAGAGGGAAUUGUUUCCCAAGGUCUGUCUCAGAAGAAAACUCUGACAAUUUUGCAUCCCUUGGUCCCUGUGAGCUCAGAAGGAUGAUGAGCCCUUUUUUAGGGAGGUAAAACCAUCAGAGCUCCACUAAAAUACUGACAACUUCCCUGAAAGUCCCCAGCAAUGCUGAGAUCUACAGGGGAAAAAAAUGCCAUGGAGAGGAUAAUAAUUGGAAGUGACUCAAAUCCCAAUAUUCCACCCACCCUCAYAGACACCAAGCACCAGUUCCCACCUCCCACUCGUCUGUUCCAUUUUUCCCUGCUUCAAACCCAGUCAGAUUUGUCAGGCCAGAAGCAAAGCACCAUCASUGCCAUCCUCACAUCCCAUUCCAUUUUUUUUUUUUUUAAUCCUGGUUUUCAGGUCUGUCUCCAGUGGCCUUUCCACCUUUUUUGGGUCCUGUUUUCCACGUGUGGACGGGGCAGGGUCUGGAUGCAGAGGGACCGGGAGGGUGAGGGUUCCUUUMUCGGUGAGAAUUUCAUAAAUAAAGUUGUAUUCUCUGUU